AUGGAGGAAUAUGCUAGAGAGCCGUGUCCGUGGAGGAUUGUGGAUGACUGUGGUGGGGCCUUUACCAUGGGCGCCAUUGGUGGUGGAAUAUUCCAAGCGGUAAAAGGCUUCAGGAAUGCACCGUCGGGAAUGAGUCACAGAAUGAGAGGCAGCAUGACUGCCAUCAAGACCAGAGCGCCACAACUUGGAGGUAGCUUCGCAGUGUGGGGGGGCCUUUUCUCCAUGAUCGACUGCGGCCUGGUAAAAGUUCGUGGGAAGGAAGACCCCUGGAAUUCUAUCACCAGCGGCGCCAUGACGGGAGCCAUCCUCGCUGCCAGAAAUGGUCCGGUGGCCAUGGUGGGAUCCGCGGCCAUGGGUGGGAUCCUGCUGGCCUUGAUAGAGGGCGCCGGGAUCAUGCUGUCAAGGUUUGCUUCAUCACAAUUUCCCACAGGCCCUCAGUUUGCAGAGGAGCCCGCCCCUAUGCCCGCCGCCCCCUUUGGAGACUACCGACAAUAUCAAUAA